CCCGGGUACGGGAGAGCCGAGGCGACGAAGACUGGCGGCUCCUGCGCCGGCUGCCACCGGCCACCGCGGGCCAGCCGGGCUGCGUGUGGCGGAGUUGUAGAGCUUCUUAGUGUGCUGAAGCCCCAGAAGACCUCUGCCUUCUGCGAGCCAAACACACUGAACCUUCUCUGAUUUCAACAGUGGAACACAACUUCAGAGCUGGGAAGAGGCCAAGAAAGAAAAGAGAAUCUUAGCAUAACAACGCUCGAACGGAGCACAUUACAGAACUUAGAAAUACUUUUUUUGGACAACCUGUUCUCCAAGGAGGACGAAGCCCUCCAGACCCAUGUGAGCACCCGUGAAGACCUGACUCUGCCAGCUGGCCAUCCCAGCUCCUACCAUGGGCCCUGCAGGAAGCGCCCUGAGCACUGGCCACAUGGAGAUGCAGGUGGUCCUUUGGGGAAGUCUGGCUGCUGUGGCCAUGUUCUUCCUCAUCACCUUCCUCAUCUUCCUGUGCUCCAGCUGUGACAGAGAGAAGAAGCCAAGGCAGCACAGUGGGGACCAUGAAAACCUGAUGAACGUGCCUUCCGACAAGGAGAUGUUCAGCCACUCAGCAACUAGCCUGACAACUGAUGCACUGGCUAGCAGCGAGCGGAACGGGGCGCUCACCAAUGGCGACAUUCUUUCAGAAGAUAGCACCCUGACCUGCAUGCAGCAUUAUGAGGAAGUCCAGACCUCGGCUUCAGAUCUGCUGGACUCCCAGGACAGCACAGGAAAGCCCAAGUGUCAUCAGAGCCGCGAGCUGCCUAGCAUCCCACCUGAGAACGCUGUGGACGCCGUGCUCACAGCCAGAGCUGAGGAUGGGAGCUCAGGCCCGGGGGUGGAGGGGCCCUAUGAGGUGCUCAAGGAUAGCUCCUCCCAGGAGAACAUGGUGGAGGACUGCCUGUAUGAAACAGUGAAGGAAAUCAAGGAGGUGGCAGACAAAGGCCAGGGUGGCAAGUCCAAGUCCACUUCUGCCUUGAAGGAGCUUCAGGGGCCCCACACGGAGGGCAAGGCCGACUUUGCAGAAUAUGCCUCUGUGGACAGAAACAAAAAGUGCCGCCAGAGCAUGAACACCGAGAGCAUUCUGGGAACUUCCAGUGAUCUGGAAGAGGAAGCCCCGCCUCCUGUCCCCAUUAAACUUCUGGACGAGAAUGCAAACCUUCCAGAGAAGGGAGAGCGAGACACGGAAGAACAAGCCCCAGAGGGGACCAGCGAGCACAGCAAGAGAUUUAGUUCAUUGUCAUACAAGUCUCGGGAAGAAGAUCCAACUCUUACAGAAGAGGAGAUCUCAGCAAUGUACUCCUCAGUGAAUAAACCUGGACAGUCGGUGCACAAAGCCGGACCAUCCCUGAAAGGGCCAGAGUCUCCCUGCCACUCCAUGCAGGGAGCCCCUCAGAGGUCAUCAUCUUCCAAUAAUGACCUCUACGCCACUGUGAAAGACUUCGAGAAAACUCCCAACAGCAUCAGCAUACUCCCUCCAGCAAGGAGGCCCGGUGAGGACCCAGAGCCUGACUAUGAGGCAAUCCAGACUGUAAACAGAGAGGAUGAAAAGGUCCCUCUGGAGACCAACGGCCACCUUGUCCCCAAAGAGAAUGACUAUGAAAGCAUUGGCGACUUGCAGCAAUGCAGAGAUAUCACCAGGCUUUAAGCCACUCAGAAAGUAG